AUGGCGGAACAACUCAACAUGGGCGGCCUCAACCUUGGCCCCGAAGGCAUGCCUGGCGGCCGAUCCUACAUCCCGCCUCACCUGCGCAACCGCCCCUCCGCCCCUCCGGCGAUGAACGGCGGCCCCAACGGGGGCGCCCCCCCAGCGAAUGGGCUCGGCAACAGCUCCUGGGCUGCCAACGGCCAGCAGUCGCCCGCCGUUGCAGGCCGUGGCGGCAACUGGGGCCCCGGCCCCGGCCCCAACCCCGAAGGACCACCAUCCUACCAGAAUAACCGCCGUGGUGGUGGCGGCUGGGGAGGUGGCCGCGGCGGCUACUCCGGAGGCGGUGGCUACGAGGGCCACGGCGGCGCCGGUCACGCUCGCGGCUCCGGCGAUGGACAAUGGCGGGACGGAAAGCACAUUCCUGGCCCGGCUAACGCUCGUGUCGAGCGUGAGCUCUUCGGCGCCACCGUGGAUGACCCCUCCAAGCAGCACACGGGCAUCAACUUCGAAAAGUACGACGACAUCCCCGUCGAGGCCUCCGGCCACGAUGUUCCCGAACCCGUCAACAACUUCACGACGCCUCCGCUGGACGAGCACCUGUGCCGCAACAUCGAGCUUGCCCACUACAAGGUUCCGACCCCCGUGCAGAAGUACUCGAUUCCCAUCGUCAUGGGAGGCCGUGAUCUCAUGGCCUGUGCCCAGACCGGUUCCGGCAAGACGGGUGGUUUCCUCUUCCCCAUCCUGUCCCAGGCUUUCCUCAACGGCCCUUCGGCGGUCCCCGCCGGCGCCGCCGGACAGUUUGGUCGCCAGCGCAAGGCCUACCCCACCUCGCUGAUUCUCGCGCCCACUCGCGAGCUGGUUUCUCAGAUCUACGACGAGUCCCGCAAGUUCGCCUAUCGAUCUUGGGUUCGUCCUUGCGUCGUCUACGGCGGUGCCGACAUCGGUUCCCAGCUCCGUCAGAUCGAGCGCGGCUGCGAUCUUCUUGUUGCCACACCCGGACGACUUGUCGACCUCAUAGAGCGAGGCCGCAUCUCCCUCUGCAACAUCAAGUACCUCGUCCUCGACGAGGCCGAUCGCAUGCUGGACAUGGGUUUCGAGCCCCAGAUCCGCCGCAUCGUCGAGGGUGAGGACAUGCCCAUGGUUGCCAACCGCCAGACGCUCAUGUUCUCGGCUACCUUCCCCCGCGACAUCCAGAUGCUCGCCCGCGACUUCCUAAAGGACUACAUCUUUCUCUCUGUCGGUCGUGUCGGUUCGACGUCGGAGAACAUCACUCAGAAGGUUGAGUUUGUCGAGGACAUCGACAAGCGCUCCGUUCUUCUCGACAUUCUCCACACCCAUGCCGGCGGUCUCACGCUCAUCUUCGUCGAGACCAAGCGCAUGGCCGACUCGCUGUCCGACUUUUUGAUCAACCAGAACUUCCCCGCCACGUCGAUUCACGGAGACCGAACCCAGCGCGAGCGCGAGCGCGCCCUCGAGUUCUUCCGCAACGGCCGAUGCCCCAUCAUGGUUGCCACCGCCGUUGCCGCCCGUGGUCUCGACAUCCCCAACGUCACCCACGUCGUCAACUACGACCUGCCCACGGACAUCGACGACUACGUCCACCGCAUCGGCCGUACGGGCCGUGCUGGAAACACGGGUAUUGCCACUGCCUUCUUCAACCGCGGUAACCGUGGCGUCGUCCGCGAGCUCAUGGAGCUGCUCAAGGAGGCCAACCAGGAGGUUCCCGCCUUCCUCGAGGCCAUUGCCCGCGAGUCCUCCUACGGCGGCGGCGGCGGUCGCGGCGGCCGCUCCCGUGGCGGCGGUGGCCGUGGCGGCCCUACUCGUGACUUCCGCAAGUUCGGUGGUGGUGGUGGUGGUGGCGGCGGCGGCGGCGGCGGCUUCGGCGGCGGCUUCGGCGGUCCUCCCCAGAGCGCAGGCUACGGCGGCAGCUUCGGCGGUUCUCAAGGAGGCUCCGGCGGCUAUGGCGGCGGCGGCUACGGCGGCGGCGGCGGCGGCGGCAGCUACGGCAACCCCGGCGGCGCUGGCUCGCAGUCUUGGUGGUAA